CGCCUCCCACCCAUCCUCCCCGGCCUAAAUGGUUCUCACAAAAGCUGCUCAUAAAUAUCGCGUCGCCUCGCCUCGCCUGCGAUCCCGAACCUCGAACCAGCAAAGCUCCGUCAUGGCCGACACCAACCCCGAUGACCUCGACCAGCUGCUCGACAGCGCUCUCGACGACUUCUCGACCCUCGAUCUCUCCUCCCAUCGAAGUGAUGGAAACGGAAGGAGAGCAGAGAGCGGAGGCAGAGAGUGUCUGCGGCGACUAGUGAAAGAAUCGCACGCGUCUGCGGCGCUGGAGGAGCUGAGGAGGCAGACGAGGGAGGCGGUGAAGGGGUUGGAGUCGGCCACUGCGGGGACAGCGCCGUCGAGGGGAGGAUUCGGGUUUGAGAAUGAAGGGAUGGAGGAUUUUGUUAAGCAAUUCGAGGAGCUUGCCGGUUCUCAGGAUAUGGAAUCUGUUGUGGAGACCAUGAUGCAACAACUUUUGUCAAAAGAGAUACUUCAUGAACCUAUGAAGGAAAUUGGAGAAAAAUAUCCAAAGUGGUUGGAGGAUCAUAAAGCUGAACUAAAGCCAGAAGAAUAUGAACGUUACUCUCACCAAUAUCAACUCAUAGUUCAGCUGAAUGAUGCAUAUGAACACGAUCCUGAUAACUUCCAAAAGAUUGUUGAUCUAAUGCAAAAAAUGCAAGAAUGCGGUCAACCUCCUAGCGAUAUCGUCCAAGAGCUUGCUCCAGAUCUUGAUAUAGCAAACCUUGAAGGCCAACUUUCUCCAGAGAUGCUCGGUUCCUCACCUAAUUGCUGUAUAAUGUGAGAUGGCAGUGCUGAGUUCUGUGACCAGCUUGCAGUCUUGCUUUUGUCAUGUUCCCCCCCUCAAAUAUUGGAAAUAAAUGGACAAAAUGUUUAUCUGUAUACUGUAUAUUUUUCUUCAAAAGCUCACGGCAAAAGAUGUAUUAGAAGUCUCCGAGCAGUCAGAACCCUCUGCAGAUCAGGCGUUUGAAAUGUUUUCUGGAUACAAAAGAAAAUGCACAUGUGAGUUGUAUCUGUGUCGGGGUUGCCGGCUGAAAUUUUGUAAAAAAGUAUUUUGAGAAUCCCGGAAUUUUAUGGGGGUGAGUUCCUAGUGAUGCCAGAUCUGGUGGAAUUGAUCUAGGAAACAUUGUACUGUCAAACCGUUGCCCGAUAGUUUCUCUUC